CGGUCUCCAGUUUAGGGGAGAGUGGCAGAGUUCAUCCUGAGCGACGCAGGGGGAGCGAUGGGCAGUGGAUUGUGUGCGUCUGCUCGACGACUGCAGUACAUUGCAGCGAUGGGCGCUCUGUGACUCCUACAGGAUGUCUCGUUGCCUCUAUUCUAUCCCGUCUGCCUCUAUUUCAAUACUCUACUUGUGAGAGCAUACUAUUCCUCCACUUCCAUCACUUCUCCCUCACUCUCUCCCUCUCUCUGCGCCUCUCCGUGUUUUUGCAACAGGUUUGCCGUCCAUCUAGUCGGCUUUUUGCUUCCCCGUCGGGUGUGGUCUUUCUGUUUCGUUUUGACAACCUUCUGCAACUUGGCACCACAGUGAAGGUUAUAGCCGUUUUGCCGGAGUGGGAGUGUCGCGGUGGAGUCUGAGUGGGGUGUGGGGGUGAAAAGUGAGAACUAAGAUUGGGCUCAGGUCGAGGCUAUGCUGCUAAAGAGGGCAAUUUUACUGUAAGCCUGGCUGUAUUUCAUGCAUGAAGUGGUCCGACGGUAGAAGGUUCUGGGGCCUCCAGCAGGAUGUCGCCCAGUGUUGAUUGUGUCGCGAGCUUGUACUGUGCGGAGGAUGUAAGUGCCGCUACGUGGGGCGAUGAAGAUAGUGGGAAAUGUGCAUACUUGGAGUCGGUGUCCGAGCUCCAACCUACUGUGUUUCUAGAUUUCUCUGUGGAAGACGAUGACGCCGUCUCGACACUGCUCCUGAAGGAGGCACAGUACAUGCCGGAGCCCGAUUACUCGGAGCGGUACCACAGUCGAGAGCUCAGCAAUGGAGCUCGUCUGGACGCUGUCCGAUGGAUUCAGAAGGUCCAGGCUUUCUACAAUUACAGUCCCUUGACUGUCGCCCUGGCCGUAAACUAUAUGGAUCGCUUCCUAUCUCGUCAUCACCUUCCGGAAGGGAAGGAUUGGAUGCUGCAGCUCUUGUCUGUGUCGUGUAUAUCUCUUGCUGCAAAGAUGGAAGAAUCAGAGGUUCCGAUUCUUCUGGACUUGCAGGUUGAGCAGCAGGAGCACAUCUUUGAAGCUCACACUAUCCAAAGAAUGGAGCUUCUCGUACUGUCCACCCUAGAAUGGCGGAUGAGCGUAGUGACACCGUUUUCCUACAUAGACUAUUUUUUCCAUAAGCUUGGUAUCAGCGAAUUACUGCUGCGAGCUCUCCUUUCCCGAGUUAGCGAAAUUAUUAUGAAAGCUAUUGAGGAUACAACCUUCCUCCAGUAUUUACCCUCCGUUGUUGCGGCGGCUUCGUUAAUAUUCUCACUAGAAGAAGUGACGGCUCUUCACACCGACGAUCUAAUUCGAAUCUUUAGCGACUUGUCCGUCGAUGUGGACGCGAUUAAGGACUGUUACCACGACAUGCAGGUAGCUGUGAUGGAUCCUUACUGCCAGGGUCCCUCUUUGAAGCGGAAGGCUCUGCGUGGAUCGGAACCGCAGAGCCCUAUUGGAGUACUAGAGGCGGCUGCUUUGAGCUCCGCCACUGAAGGUACCUUAGGAUUCUCGUCUCGCGAGUCUAGCCCGGGCAUCUGUGACUUGCCACCCUCAACCUUUCCUCAGCGCAAACGUCGGAAGUUGUCGCUUGAUGACGACACUUCGACAUUGUUAGAGAGAACCCACCUAUGAAGCCAGCUUAGAAGACAGCGGUCGUGUACCAACGGACCUGUGCGUCGGUUUCGACAGCUCUACUGUGUGAUGACCUCAUCAAGCUGCUUGCUGCGAGCGUAAGCAGUGUACCGUUGGAUUGCAUCUUCAUCUAUUCAUAAGGGUUUUGAUGAGAAGCUCAAAGCAAAACCCUAAUUUGGCGACAAGUACAAUACUAUAGCCAGUUAGUAUUUAUCACAAUCGUGUUUUCAGUGCGGUGAGUGGUCUAUUCCUACUCCCAUAUGUGAGCAUUCUUUAGCAGAUGUGUCAACCACAUCUGUUCCUACAUGAAAAUAAGAAAAAAAAUACAAAUUAUAGAA